GUAUUAAUUGGCACUAUUAGUAAACAAAGACAUCACCCACGCAGUCGGUAUGAGUGGUGUCUAGUUGUAGAAACAGCAAAAUUGUCAAAUUCUAAGAUAUUGACAUAUCAUCUCAGUAGUAGCUGAAUUGGCUAAUAUGGCGACGGCGACUUAGCUAGCUUCAUAGCUUCUCACCUCUAGUGAAAGAAUGGGUGGUGAAUCUAGCUUCGUAGCAAUCUGAGGCUCUGGCUAUUGAAGUGUGUAAACAACAAGGUGCACCGCAUUGUUACUGUACGCAUCAAUGUUGUCAGAAUUACACGAUUAGGAAAUAUCGUCUAAGCGCUUUCGAAAUAUUUGUGUGAUUCUCUAAACGUCCUUGUACAAAACCCUUAAAUGUUUUAAUGUUUGUUCGGCAAGUAUUUAGGCUAACAACACAAUAGUCGCUUGGCACAAUUAUGUGGUUGGCAGUCUGUUUUAACGAUAAUUUGACCUGUAGUUAUCCUUGAUACAUUGAUGAAUGCUUUUAUUUCUUCGUUGUGUCCCACUCUAUCUGUGGAAUUAUGACUCUUGUUUUUGUUUGCAAACGAUUGAACGAUUACAAACGUAUUUAGGAAUGAACUUAGUGAAGGAAACCAUCUGACAGGAUACACGGAAUUUCUGAAUAUGAGUGAUGACAAACCUUUCCUAUGUACUGCUCCUGGGUGUGGUCAGCGCUUCACAAAUGAAGAUCACCUGGCUGUCCACAAACAUAAACAUGAGAUGACCCUGAAGUUUGGUCCAGCAAGGAAUGACAGUGUCAUAGUUGCUGACCAAACUCCAACCCCCACCCGCUUUCUGAAGAACUGCGAAGAAGUCGGUCUGUUCAAUGAGCUCGCAAGUCCUUUCGAGCAUGACUUCAAAAAAGCAGAGGAUGAUAUCAAAAAGCAGUUACCUUUGGAUUUAUCACCUCUUGCUACACCGGUUCGCAACAAAACCGAGGAGCCGUCAUCUCUAGAGGCGCAUCGAGACAGUCCAUUACCACACCCUGAAUCGACCACAAAUGAUGACAAGGAGGUUUCUUUGCAGCCGACCUCACUGCCAGCAUCCACUAUAGUCCGUCCUGCAUCCCUUCAAGUCCCAAAUGUACUUCUUGCAACCUCAGACGCUAGUGUUGUAAUACAGCAAGCCCAACCAUCGCCAACAUCUAGCUCUGUUAUUACUCAAGUCCCGUCCACUAAUAGGCCAAUAGUUCCCGUGUCUGCCACUUUUCCUGUACUCUUACAGCUCCCCAAUGGGCAGACAAUGCCAGUUGCCAUCCCAGCAUCCAUUGCAAACCCAAGUGUACAUAUUCCAACUGCCAUCCCUCUUGUCAGACCCGUCACCGUAGUGCCUAACGUCCCCGGGAUCCCAGGACCCUCCUCACCUCCUCAACCCGUCCAAUCAGAAGCUAAGAUGGAGAAUAAUAUCUGCUCUCCGCCAGAAGAAGCUCUGAAACUGAAAGCGGCCCUCAGCCAGCAGCUCCCUCAGGUAACCAAUGGAGAGGCGGCUGGCGGCGACGUCCUGAACUGUGGGGCGAGCCUCACCCCAUCCACAGCCCCUUCAACCCCGGCCCCGCCAGAGGAGCCCUGCCCCCAGACACUGCAGCAGCCAGCCACCUCCACCACAGAGACCCCCGCAUCUCCGGCGCCUCCCGCCCAGCACACGCCCAGCACAGGCGGCCGCCGGCGCCGCUCCACCAACGAGGACCCCGACGAGAAGCGCCGCAAGUUCCUGGAGCGCAACCGCGCCGCCGCCUCCCGCUGCCGGCAGAAGAGGAAGGUGUGGGUGCAGUCGCUGGAGAAGAAGGCCGACGACAUGAACUCCAUGAAUGGCCAGCUGCAGAGUGAAGUCACCCUGCUGAGAAAUGAAGUAGCUCACUUGAAGCAGCUCCUCCUGGCUCAUAAAGAUUGCCCUGUAACAGCCAUGCAGAAGAAGUCUGGCUAUCACUCUGCGGAGAAGGAGGACAGCUGUGAGGACAUGUCCGUACCGGGCAGCCCCCAGAACGAAGCCAUUCAGCACAGCUCCGUCAGCACGUCCAAUGGGGUGACCACCUCGGCCGCUGCUCCCGCCCCCGAGGCCACCCCCGGCCCGGCCCCCGCCCCCGCAGACCAGAGCACAGAGGAGACCCAGCCACAGGUGGGCGGGGCCCCCAGCACCCAGUCCCAGCCCUCAGGGAGCUGAUCGCACGGACCGUCACACAGUGCUUUCCCAGCAGCCACACUAAGCCGAGGGGACAGGACACACACACCCACCCACCCUCCUCCUCCUCCUCAUCCUCCUCCUCCUCCUCCUCUUCCUCCUCCACGGCUCUUCUGUCUGGAGAACAUUUGUGCUUCUUUUCAUCCCCAUCUCUCCUCUUUUCAUUCUGUCUGAUUUCUUGAUAAAAAAAAAAAAAAACAAGAGUUGGUAAAGAUGCAAAAGAGGGAGGGCACUUUACAGAUUGUGUGAAUAUGGAACUGAUUGUUGUUGUUUAUGUUUACUCUAUUUAUUAUGCGAUUUCUACAUAUCUCUCUAAAGCACAGAACUCCUGGAGAGCUGGAAGGGUUCUGGGUUUGUUGUGAUGACCGAAUCAGUGUGUGUUGAUGACAAGACCCUCUUAACCAAAGUGUGUUGUCAAGUCAUUUAGGUUUGUGUUGUCUUAUUUGUUUGUUUUGUUUAUUUGUUUGUUUUCUUUAAAACCAUCUCUCCUGAGUACUAUCUGAAGGUUUAAAGACAUAAGGAGCAGUCACUUUUUAUUUCUUUGCCUUUGUUCCAUUUUGCACACAACGAGAGAUAAAGGGUUUGUUUACCUUAGUGUUUAACUGUUCACACGUUAAGUACUGGCAGCUUUUAGACAUAUAUUUGAUUACCUGUCUUAUUAUAAACUUAAGUGGUGGAAUUUGAACUGACAUUUAGAUAAUUUUAUCUUUUUGUUGUAAGUGGGUAGUUUGGCUACUCCAAGUGGCAUAUCUGUGGUUUGAAUGUUUGAAAGUAACCUCCAUAUGUAAACACUUGUCUUAAGGAGGGACUUUUGGGGUAGAAAUUUCCGUGUUCAAGCGCAGUGCUUUGACCAACAUUCCAUUUGUAGAUUGUUGCAGAAGCAGUGAUUGUAGGACUAUAAUACACUCUUCAUCUUUCUGGCUUCUCUUUGAUGUGCCAUUAAUGUGCCAUUCAUUUUUCACCAAGGAUGAUUUGCAUCUUAAGGUUUGCAAAACAGCUGUAUAAUAUUGUUUAUAAUUUAGUUUUUUUUUUUUCUUGAGGAUUUUCAUGUACAAAGUUACUUGGAAUGGGACAUAAUCAUGAAUUCCUUCAAUACUAUUUCUGCUUACUGACAAGUGACUGUCUGAUGCUUUGGUGUGUGGUCUGUUGGAACAAAUUGAAAGAAAACAUUUGCUCUUUCUUGCUCAUUUUAGUUGUUUAAAAAAAAAAAAGAGAGACAAAAAUACAUUUUUGGAAACAUUGUAAAUGGCAUCAUUAAUGAUACAUUGUAUGUGAUCCUUCCAGAUGUUAUGUACAUGGUUUGUAUUAGCGUCUUAAGAUUAAGCUUUAUUAUUUUUAUGAAGUGGAGAAGAAAAUCACUUUGUUUGUUUGUCCCUGGAAGACAUUCAGAAAUAUUUAAAAUGUGGAUGACGGGACAAGACGCUGCUCUACCAAUGUUAGGAGGGAAAAAAAACAUUAGGAAACAUAUGUAUGUUUAACUUCCACUACUUACUACUGCAAUUAAGCAUAGCGACAAUUAUGAAUUAAGUGUAGGCUCCGAGGCAUAGCAUCAUACUCUUUGAAAUCCACUUGCCUUCUCUUUAAAGAUGCAUUGGCUUACUACUGUGUAGUUCUACGAGACAUUGAUACAUUUGUUCUCCUUUUAAAUAUUCUCUGUUUGGAAUUUGUUUUAGUUUUUUUAUUAGUUUAAGAAAUCAUUUGUACUGUCACUGUUAUGUGCUUAUCUGCAUGACUUAAUGAUUCUCUGAGAGAAUUAGACCAAUAUUUAAAAUCAUGUCUCAGAUAUUUGCAGUUGAACUUGGCGUUACACCUUCUGUUGGAGCCAGGGUGUCCCAGAUGUAUGAAGGGUCCUUGACUUUGUUAAGCCCUGGCUCAACUACAUGAAACAGGAUGUGAUAUUAUUGUGUUGGCAGUAAACCUGUAACUUGUGAAAGUUAUGUAUAAAGUACCAUAAAUUAAUAAAAUGUUGUAAUAAAUCUUUUAAUUUAUCUUUAAAA